AUGUAUUAUAUUAAAUGCCUUUAUAUUUAUAAUAUAAAUGAUGAGAAUGAAGAUAACGAGAAUUAUUAUCAUGGUAGUGAUAAUGAUGAGGAUGAUGACAAUAUAUAUAAGGAUGAAAUAGAAGAUACAACAGAAAAUAUUGAUGAGGAUGUGUAUGAUCAUAAUAAUGAUAAUGAUACUGAUGAAGACGAAAUAGAUAAUAUAGUGGAAAAUGAUUUUGGAGAAGAUGAUUAUAACAAGAAUGAUGAAGAAGAAGUCAUGUAUGAAGAUGAAUAUUUCGAAGAUUCGAUA